GGGCAGCUGGCCCACCGAGGCAAGGAGCCAUGGGCACGUCGGAAGAGGAUUAUAACUUUGUUUUUAAGGUGGUCUUGAUCGGAGAGUCCGGAGUCGGGAAGACCAACCUCCUUUCCCGCUUCACCCGCAACGAGUUCAACCACGACAGUCGCACCACUAUUGGAGUUGAGUUUUCGACCCGCACCAUUAUGGUGGGAGACGCCCUGGUGAAAGCACAGAUCUGGGACACGGCUGGGCUGGAGCGUUACCGCGCCAUCACCUCUGCUUACUACAGGGGAGCGGUGGGUGCCCUCUUGGUUUUCGACAUCACCAAGCACCAGACAUACGACGUGGUGGAGCGCUGGCUGAAGGAGCUGUACGACCACGCCGAGGCCACCAUAGUCGUAAUGCUGGUCGGCAACAAGACAGACCUGGCCCAAGCCCGGGAGGUUCCGACAGAGGAGGCCAAAAUGUAUGCAGACAACAAUGGCCUGCUCUUUGUGGAAACGUCGGCGUUGGACUCUACAAAUGUGGAACUGGCUUUUGAAACUGUUUUGAAAGACAUUUUCAACAAAGUGCAGAAACAGAAGCAGAAAAGCCCACUAGACAACAAAGUUGUGCUCUCUGCUGAAAACCCCAACGGUGUGUCUGCUUCACCCACGGAAGGGAAGCGUGCAUGCUGCCUGAACCUGUGA